AUGGACUACAACUCGUAUGUUAUACUUUUCAAAGACACUUGUGGACAAUUACAACACGCAAAUACAGAAGUCGACGCGGUUAAUAUAUUGAACAAAUUGACAGCUCUGGUCGAGCAACGGGUUUUCUUCGACGACGACGUUGUGUUGUACUGCUUUGCAUCAAUGCCAAUAAAUACUCAAUCACUUCCAAUCAUGAAUAAAAUGGCGGUGUUAGUCCAAGAAUUACUCGUAAGAGUGUCGCCCGAAUUCAUGUUCCACCAAAUUUCUUUGAUGCUUGAGCAGUUCACACUUUUUGAAGUGAAGUGUCUCAUCAACAUUUUUAUCGAAUUACAGUCGUCUGACACCCCUCUCAGGUUUAACCACAAAAUACGCAUCAAACCAAUUGCUCAAAAGGCACUUUUUAUCGCAUCAGAGUAUUUGGUACAAAAAUCAAAGGCGUUUUCACUCUCACAGAUUGAAGAAUUUGAAAUCAACGCGGUUGUUUCCCUCUUUAAAUCCGCGUUUUUGAUUGUAACAAUGACUGAGGGGCCAAUCCCGAACGAAAAACCACUUCCAAAUGAAAUUUCUAUAAAACUAUUUUCAACAGACUUCUUCAACGCACUCGACAAGUUUUUGGUGUAUGGGCCGACAAGAAAUGGUACUGUUGAUGUGAUUCAGGGGGUAUCCGCAUUUGAGUUUGAGAGUAAGACCAUGAAAGAUUCGUUUUUAAAUUUUGCCUUCGCCGAGUUGAACAAACUGUUUGACUUAAACGACUCGCUUGCAAUUUCGCUGUCGAACACGUUUGUGUGUUUAUUUGUUCCGACGAGUUACUUCACGGCGCUCUUUUUUGAACACCUCGAAAAAUUUUGUAUCAAUUUGGUGAGGUCCAUCAACACACUUAACUUCGGCGACUUGAACGACCUCCUCAACUUUCUCGGGGCAUUGCAGAAAUUUGCGAAAAGAGAUAAAAACGGCGUCAUGGGUGUUUUUGAUGAACGGCUCAAAAGAGAAUUUCUUCCACUUUUGUUUGUUGGAAUCACACACCUGAACCAAACGAUUUUUUCCGAACUGUUGGCGACAAACGCGUUCGACCCAUUUGUGGAGAACAUAAGCCCACUUGUUCGAGAUGUGAAUAUCCAAGAUCUCCAAGUUCUGUUUGACAGUUCGCCGUUUUGGUAUUUUGUUGUGUCUGCGGCGAUGGUGACAAGAGACUACAAACAAACAGACAAUAAUUUGGGUGAGACAGUCAUGGCAAAUAUUGCGAGGUGCCAAAAUUUAACACCAGUUGUGUUGUUUGGUGUUAUCACCUUUUUGGAUUCAUUCGUGUUAUAUCGGUCGAUGUACGCGACAGACGCAGAGCUUGAAAUCAUAAUUUUGGUGCUUAACAAAGCCUUGGAGUGCAAGUGCAUUUUGGCCAAAACAACAAAACUGAUUGAAAGAUGUUGUUUGAACGCAAAGAUCCUCCAGUUUGUGCAAGCGUCGAAACUCGAUAUGGUACUUCUCAACAUCUCUCUUGUUUGUUGUUCCUUUACUUUUAUUGUAUUGUGUAAAUUUGAAAUAAUCUGA